UCUCUCCAUCUCUAUUUAAAACCAGUCUUCUCUUUCCCUAACUCAUAUGAAUCCAUCUAACAAAUCUCUAAUACCAUUCAAACUAGAAAACCCCUUUCCAUUUUAGCAUCUUAAGAAGUCGAAAAGAUGAGCUCCACAAGCAGAGCAUGGAUGGUGGCAGCAACUGUCGGAUUGGUGGAGGCACUCAAGGAUCAAGGCUUUGCACGAUGGAACACCACCAUCAGGGCAGUCCACCACCACGCCAAGUCCAAUCUCCGAUCAAUUUCUCAGACCAAGAAGUUGUCUUCGCCGGCGGCCAUGGCUUCAGGCGGAGGCGUAGAAGCGAGGGCGAAGCAAUCAGAGGAGUCGUUGAGAAAAGUCAUGUAUUUGAGCUGUUGGGGUCCCAAUUGAUGAAAACCCUUUGCAGAUGUUAUUAAUUUUAGGCACCUAGAUACCAGAUUAAAUGUACAUGUAAUUAUGCAUUGUGUAUAACAUUUAUAACGAACUGAAAAUCGUUAUUAUGAAAAUACAACCUAAUUUUGUGUCA